GAUCUCCCGCCCUCCCUCCUGAGACACGAGCCGAACUGGGCGUCAGGUCGGGGAGCCGGUCGGGUUCCCGCUCGCCGCCGCCGCCGCCGCCCCCCGCUGCGACUCUCCCGCCUCUCCUGCCGCGCCGGCCGCGGGAGCUGCAUCGCGAACUCCGCUCGGCCGUGGAGCCGCUGGUCCGGAAACACGGAGUCCGGGGCGCGACACGCCGAGCCCCCCCAUCGCCUCUAGCCGGGGCGACCCCUCCCCGGUCCGCCCUGGUCCUACGCCGCCGCCGCCGGAGCCCCCGGCCCCGAGCGGCCCACGGCCCGGAGCCCGCAUUCCGGCCCGGCACUCCCGCGGCCGCCGCCCCCCACCCUGAACAUGGACUCCGACUCCUGCGCCGCCGCCUUCCACCCCGAGGAGUACUCUCCCGGCUACAAGAGGAGGAGGACCGUGGAGGAUUUCAACAAAUUCUGCACCUUUGUCCUGGCCUAUGCCGGCUACAUCCCUUAUCCCAAGGAGGAACUCCCUCUGAGGAGCAGCCCCAGCCCCGCCAACAGUACCGCGGGCACCGUGGACAGCGAUGGCUGGGACUCCGGCUUCGCUGACAUCUCGUCCGGGGUGCCCCUGCCGGGAGACCACUGCUUCGGCCACCUGCAGCCCGGCCUCCUGCAGCGCGCCAAGCCCAGCAACUUCCUGCUGGACAGGAAGAAGACGGACAAGCUGAAGAAGAAGAAGAAGAGGAGGCGCCGGGACAGCGAGACGCCCGGGAAGGAGGGCUACGUGGGCAGCUUGCUGAAGCUGGAGCCCGCCGACCCGUACGCGGAGACGCCCACGAGCCCCCCGCUGCAGGGCCUGCCCGCGGCCCCCGCCGACCCCUGCUCGGGCUGGGACUCCGACACCCCGUCCAGCGGCUCCUGCGCCACCGUGUCGCCGGACCAGGUCACGGAGAUAAAGACUGAGGGCAAGCGGACUAUCGUCCGGCAGGGGAAGCAGGUGGUGUUUCGCGACGAGGACAGCACCGGCAACGACGAGGACAUCAUGGUGGACUCAGACGACGACUCGUGGGACCUCGUCACCUGCUUCUGCAUGAAGCCGUUUGCCGGCCGCCCGAUGAUCGAGUGCAACGAGUGCCACACCUGGAUCCACCUGUCCUGUGCCAAAAUCCGGAAAUCCAACGUGCCGGAAGUGUUCGUCUGCCAAAAGUGCCGGGACUCCAAGUUCGACAUCCGCCGCUCCAGCCGCUCCCGCAUGGGCUCCCGGAAGCUCUUCCUGGACUGACUGCUGGCGCCGGGGGCCGCGGGGAGCCGGGGGGACGGACGGUGGGCUCUUGGGCCCCUUUCUUAGUCGAGCACAGAACUCCCCGCUCUGAUGCAGCCAGACCCCUGCCACUCAGGUGCCUAAGCAGGACAGGCGUCCGCGGUGUAGACUGUACAUAGCCGGCGGCCGAGCCAGUCCUGAGGCCAAAGCCGCUGCCGGAGCUGCUCUGCGGCGGGUGGGCCAGCCGCCCCCGAGGGUCCGUGCCCCCAGGAACCCUCAGAACCACCCGCCGACCGGAACAAGCCCUGUUACUCCUCCGCUGCGCCGGGGACGAUCGGUUCCCGGCCCGGUAACAAACAGCCAGACGUGCAAACUUUACCGUAAGUGUCUGUGCAGCAGCCACCCGCUGCCCCUCCCGCGGUGGCCCGCUGUCCGGGCUGCCUGCAGGACUCCUGGGCCUCCCUGAGAGGAGCCAGGAGCGGGGGCCAGCCCGUGGUCCCUCGUUUUCCUUCUGUUUGUUCAAAGAGGUCUGGUGUGGCCGCGUCUCUGUAGAAAGAGGGCUGGUUGGGAGACUGAAGCAGCCCGUGUUCAUAACCGUUUCCCGUUUUGCACGAAGUAAAAACUGUCUUUUUGCACGAUACAGCCAAAAGUGUUGGCAGAGUUUUGCCCGGGUGCCCUCUCUCUCCAUGGGUGUACGGGGGCCUGUGGGCGCCCAGGCAAGGUGUUCCCUCCCCUCACGGUGUUCCUUCCCCUCACAUUGUUCCAGUAGCAGCCUCAAGGUUAGGCAGUCCCAGGGGAUGGGAAGCAGGUGGAGGAAAACGGAGGAGGCCUCUCCCACGGGUAGUCCUUAGUGUCCCGGACAGAUUGGCCUGCUGGUCCCACAGGCCAAGGAGGACUGGAGCCUUUUUGGUUUGAGCUGGUGAGGGAGAUAUGUUAACAUUGGCCUCCAGGUGUACACCAGUGAGUGGGGCAGAGGUCCUAGGACUUGGGGGCCCCCCUGUGGGCCCCGGACUCUGGACCCUGGGACACCGGUGGUCCUAGGGCCCCACGGGGGGCGGGCUUCAGUGCUGUCCCAGAUGGACAGUGCGCUCAGCAGCUCAAAUACUGGUUCUUGAAAGUUGUUUAUUUUUUGUUUUUUUUUUUUUGUAUAUUGAUGGGUGUGUUUUAAUAAACAUUGUUUCUUGUAAAAGCGUGAAAAGGGAAGAAUGCCCAGGUUGGUCAUAUUUGUUUACAGCAGGAUGGACCCGUCUCCCCUCCACAUUCUCACCGAAGCACCACGCACUGAACUGGAGGCCAGUCCGAGCCCACAUUCUGUCCUGGCAGCAUUCGUGCCUGACAAGCCAACUGCCUUUGUUUUGUUUUUAAUCCUGAUGCUUUUAUUAACACAAAAGUAGGCAUAAUUUCCGAAACCCAGUUUAUUGUCAAGAUCCCCAAAGGAGAAGUUGUGCAGUAGAGAGAAAUGGUCAGAAACGCCCCCCUCCCCAGACAGCUGGCUCUGACUCUGGCGAGGGCAAACGCAGGAGAAGUUGGGAGAGGAAUUUGCCAAAGAUCUGCCCCAGGACAUUGCCUGUCCAGUGUCUUCACCAUGAGAAUAGCCAAAGUUCCAAAGUGUUUCUCCUAUUUCUUUAAAAAUAACCCACAAAGUUUUAGAGGUGCGCUUCAGAGUGCCUGUGGUUUCACAAUGGGACAGCCAACGCCGGCGACUGAGCAGGUUCAAGGCCUGGGGGCUCCUGGAAGGCUUGGACAUUCAUCUCAAUUUGUUUCUUCAUUUCCUCCUGGUUCUUUUAGCAGGUGCAUCCCUGUGGGUGGUGUCUGAGGAGUCAGGACACCUCGUUUUGUGUGUGCUGUGUUGAUUGAGCUGGCAGCUGCAAUCAGCUUUAUGCAAAUCAGGCAUGGCCCAGCUAGGGCUCUUGGUUGGUGGCUGAUGAAGUGAGGAGGGAAAGAUGUCACCCCAAAAGCAGGUCCCUCCCGUUGGCUUUGGCCGGGCCAGACACUUAACAUCGUUUACAUGGUUCUGUGUAAUUGUAAAGUUUGUGUAAAAAGCGAAGCUGUUUCUGUGAAACUGUACAUUUUGUAAAUAAAGAUAUUACUACUUUGA